CUCGGUCUCCGCCACACAGCGACUAGUGGGGGGCAGGGUACGACUGGCAUCUCAUUAUCAUCUGAUUAGCAAGGUGUUUAGAAAUUGAACUGGCGCUUGGCUGUGAGUUGAAACUUGCACCAGGGUUUGCAGUGUUCUGUUUCGAAGUGUGUUCUACCCUUCCCACCCUCUGCAAGUCGCCUCAAUCCACCCUUUUGCAAUCAUGCCUCCCAAAAGGACGGCACCAAGUGAGGUUGAGCAAAAGCAUGAAGCAAAAGUGGUUAAACAGCUCAGAAGAUCCAGUAGAUUGGAAAAAGUCGCAGCUGCAGCGGCGGCUGCUGCUGCUGCUAAAGAAGAGUCCAAACCACAAAAACGUGCCAGGCUUUCACCAAAACCCAAGAAACAGCCCAAAGGGAAGGAAAAGAAAAUAACCAAGGAAGAGGUUGCACCUGCUCAAAAUGGUGAAACAAAACCUGAUGAGAUCCGGGUCUCUCGCCCCUCUGUUAAUGUCACUUCGGCUAGAGAUACCCCAACCCACUCACUGUCUGUGAAGGGCCAGGUUGAGACUGUGGCAGUUAAGGGAACAGAAAACUGAAUCUGCAAGCGAUCAAAAUGACGACUGAAGGAUCUACCAUUGUCUUCGGUUGAUUUUUAUGUAACACUUGUAGAAUUGAAAAUAUUUUUAUCAAGUUAUUUUGUAAAUGCAAAUAUUUUUAGGGUUAGUAAAUUUUUGUGUGUUUGAAAGACAUUGAUAAAAUCGCAACAUCCUUUAAGCAAUUGGGAUAUUUGUAACCUUUUAUUGUGCAAAAAAAUCAAUUUUACAAUUGGAAAGAUUUUACAUUGGUUUUCUUUUGACUAACUUGGAUAUGUGUUCCAUGGGCUUUUAAUUUAGAAAUGAUGCCUUUAGUAUUUUAAGGUAAUUGAAAUGUAUAAUCGCAAACUUAGUUUCACUUUUGAAUGUUUGUCGUAAAGCAAUAAAUUGUGAAAUGUUCUAAGAGUUGAUGGAUGAGUGAUGAUGUGAUCACCUGCUUGGUUUGUGACAUCUGUUUUGUAAUAAUAAAUGGGGUUUUUCCGCAUUUA